AUGGCUCGAUCCAUUGUGCAACAUUGUGUACAAUGCACUCGAGUACGCCCACAUAUGUUCAAACAAAUCAUGGGCAAUCUACCAGCUGACAGAGUCCAAGCUCAAAGACCUUUUUUCAACGCAGGUGUGGACUUCUGUGGUCCCAUAUGGAUACACCACAAAAUUAGAGGCAAAAGACCAUGCAGAGCGUACAUCGCAGUGUUUUGCUGCUUCUCCACGAAGGCAGUACAUUUGGAAGUUGUUAGUGAUCUCACUACAGAUGCAUUCUUAGGCGCUUUGAACCGGUUUACGUCAAGAAGAGGUCGAUGUCAGAACUUAUAUUGUGACAACGCGACUAAUUUUGUGGGCGCUAAAAAUCAAAUGAACGAGUUAGCUGAAAGCAUUCACAGCACAAAUGCUCAAAACAACAUAAUAAGAUCCUGUUCAGCUCAAGGAAUUGUUUUUCAUUUUAUACCUCCGAGAGCACCACAUUUCGGAGGAUUAUGGGAAGCUGCUGUCAAAUCAGCUAAAUAUCUAUUGGUGCGAACUAUUGGCAACGUGUCACUCACUUACGAGGAAUUGGAAACAGUGGUAACCCAAAUUGAAAGUAUGCUAAACUCCAGACCAAUAACACCGUUGUCAUCAGACCCAAAUGUUCCGGCUGCCCUCACACCAGGACACUUCUUAAUAGGAGAACCGCUAACAGCCCUUCCAAGUAGGUCAGAAACUACAACCAAACAAUCGCUUUUAACCAGGUGGAAGCUGUUGAAUCAUCUAAAAAACGAGUUCUGGUCAAGAUGGUCAAAGGAGUAUCUUAAUGAGCUACAGUGUCGCACUAAAUGGAAGCACCAAUCACCUGACGUCAAAGAAGGAAUGCUGGUAAUCAUUCAAGAAGACAACGCUCCUCCGCUUCAAUGGCCUCUGGGCAGAAUCAUCAAAUGCUAUUCCGGUAAUGAUGGAAGAAUCAGAGUUGUAGAUGUCAAAACGAAAAACGGGAUUUAG